UUGCUUCACCAGCUUCAGCGUUCGCCGCCCGCAAUGUACUAUAUGAGAUUCAAGCUUUUGCUUCUUGCACAGAAGCUCUUGCUGCUGCUGCUCUUGCAAAGGCGGCGGGAACGCAGAAAGCGUCUGCAGCGACGUUGGUGGGUCCGGCCCGUCUUUCAGCGGCGUAAAGAAGAAGGACUUUACUAUACGGCUAUGCAACGAAUGCGUCAGGGUGACCAUGGAUUUUUCUAUAAGUUCUUCCGCAUGACGCCGCAGCUUUUUGACAAGCUAUUGAGCUUUGUCGCAGAGGACCUCACACGGCAGCACCACAUUCGAGAACCCCUGGAGCCUGGAGAACGACUUGCUAUAGCAUUGAGCUACUUGGCAUCCGGGCAAGACAUAAAAGACGUUGCCUUGGCUUACCGUGUGGGGAUUGAGACGGCUAGAGUGUGCAUUCAUGUGGCCUGUCGAGCAAUCUGGGCAAGGCUCAAAGACCACUACAUGAAGGCAAUGCAUGUUGCCAGCGCUCACAAGGCUGCGACAUAA